AAAUAUAGUCAUCACAAUAUUUUUUUUUUUAAAUCUUAAUUAAAAGAAGCACUACAUUUCGGUUAGAGGCCAGUGAAAUAUGAAUUAUUUUCCAUCCAAGUUCACGGACCUCCUGCAAUAUAUCCCCAGGAUUUCAGGGUAAGAACUCCAUCCAUCCAUCCAUCGUCAACAACCGCUUGUCCCAAGCGGAGUCGCGGCAAGCCAGGGGGAGGGCCAAAGGCCAAAAGGGGAAGGGACACACCCAGGAUGGGACGCUAGUCCAUCGCUAGGCACCCCAAGAACUCCUUUUUUAGAAUGUUUUGAACCUCUGAGCACUGUAUAGUUUAUUCGUCUAGGUACAUGAUGGGAUGUCUACACGUGUUCAGAACGGUCAUAUCCACAAUCCCCUUCCCUGUCUGUCAGGACACAGAGAGAAAACACAUCUCACAAUCUUUUAAGCAGAUUCACAGUAGGAAAAAAACAAGUGAAAUAAGCUGCCAAUGGAACACAAACACAGUUCUCUGUGAUUGAGUUCCUGUGGACAGGCCAAGGAGCGGCACUCUGCCCCUGCCCCCACCCCCAUCCCUAUGGGACCCGGGUCAUUUCCUCCCCUCCUUUAUCUGAGGAAAUGCCGAAAUAGGCGGCACUCUGGGCUGUUCCGAUACCUUUCCCAGACUCGCUGGUGCGACGGUGCUCCACUCGGACCAGCAGGCCAGUCGGCACAGUGCCUCCCACUCGUAACGGCCUUCGCACACGACACCAUGAAGCUGGCCGGCCCGGCCUCCAUCCUCCUCACCACCUUCCUGCUGCUGCCCACAGCUGAAGGUGAAAGUACAGAACAUCCAAAUGUGACCAGUUCUGCCAGUGAUUCAGCUCUUGGAGAGCAGACAGUCACAUCUCCAGCCUUAACAGGACAAACUGAAACCAGCGUGAUGACUACAGCCCCUCCUGAAGCUCAGACUUCGAACGAAGUAUUACGAUUCAAACCCAAAGCAAAUGUGUCAACCCCAUCUGUCUCUGAGGGAAGUGUAUCGUUUUCCACUUCUACCAUGGAGCCACUGGGAGGAAAUGUGACUGAGAGCACCAGUACAGCUGGGAGUGACACGAUGACCCAGGCAGAGGAGCAUCAUAGUCGCGUCUCAGUCCCAAGCACCAGUGAACCAGGAGGUACUAAGGAGCCAGUGCAGGCCUCAGCAGACAAGCGAAUGCUGUGGUGCUUGGUGCCUGUGCUGGGGAUUGUGGUGGCAGCUCUGGCGUAUGGGUUCAAAUCCAAACUGAGGAAGGGUCCGACAUACCCAGAUACAACAGAAAAUGGAACAGAGAAUGCCUCCUACCAAAGCAGGCCAGAAAACAGCAAAGACGGCGUCAUGCUGCUGGGAGUGAAGUCCGGUGGAGAGGACAAUGCUGCUGCAAGAUAAGGAGGCAACACUGGACUCUGAGGAUGAGAGAGGAAACUCCCAGCAAAAAAUAAAGUAGGAGCAAAAACGAAGAUGAAAUCUCUUUCUCUGGCUACAGGGGGUCAUAAGAGUGUGAUGGUGACAGUUAAUCAGAGGAUUGUUUUCUACCUGCAGUCAUUUUUGAAUUUCUAAUGUGUGUUUACAUUAAGCUCAGUUCUUCACUGUUAAAACAAGCUGCACACUGGAUCCACAUCACCAAGUGAUAUGACCGGCAGAGACUGGUGAACGAGGACACCGUCAUUAAAGUUUUCUGCACUGUUUAAAUUAAAUACUAAUGUUGCUGGUUUUUUUCCUAAUUGUAUGCAAUGACACAUGAUGUUGGAGUUCUCAUUUUAACAUGUUACAAGCAACGCUGACAUGUCCACUUUCAUUUUAAGAGGGAAUAUGGUCUCCCGUGAGCUCCUCUUUGUUUUUGCUACCUUUAAUUCCUGCAUUUCUGUUCUGAUUUCCAUUGUUUUGUUAAUAUCACACCAUGCUUUUGAUAACAGCUUAAAGUUAUUUUAUGAAUAGAUGUAUAUGUCUCGUUUGGUGGCUCUGUAUGGAAUACACCUCUUGGCACAUUACACCACCACCCUAUUGCCCAUAAUGCUGCAGCUAGUUUAUUAACAGGCCAUUUAUGAUUAUCACAUGCCUGUUUUAGGAGGGGUUCACAUCUAAUUAAAAUAUAUUGAAAGCUAUGUCAGACAUGACACAGACAAACCAAGGACACUGUUUUUCCAUGCUAAUAAGAGGUGUGGACAAAGUGGGUGGGUUGAGGUUCAAGUCCCAACAGUUGUACUUUCCCUGAAUUGCAUAUAAAAUGUACACAUGAUUACCUUUCUGUUUACUCGAGCUUUUCCUUUAUGACAGAUGCUGUCAAUGUGUGGACUGAUCUC